AUGGGUCUAUCUCUAUCUCUAACCAGAAAAACGACAAUAAUAUUAAUACCAUUAUUACUGUCGUAUUCAGCAUUCUUCUUUCUCCAAACAGAUCACAACAUCACACAAUGGACUGCCCUUCACUACAUGUCAGCCCUGGUUCUUUUGGGUGUUGUUAUGGCAAUUGGGUUGGGACUGGUGGCCGCAGCAAGAGCCACCAUGGUGACGUGUAUCACCGUUUUAGUACUUCUCACCGUCGCCGGUAACCGCCGCCGGGUUCUGGUCAAAAGUGGGAGGAAGAUCACCAAUGACGUGGCAAUGUUCUUGGUUGGAGUUUUAGUGAAAGAUAAGGGCUUUGUUGCUGUGGCUUGUGCAACUCUUUUCAGCAUAAUGGCUCUUGUUGGCAUCAUCAUUUGA